UCCUCUCUUCCCCGGAAACACCCCACCCCUCCUUUAUUUAUUAUUCCCCAAAACCAAAACCCCUUUAUUCAUUUCUCUUGCUUACCCUAUCUAUGAACACUCCUCAUUAUCCUCUUCUCUAGCAAAGUCAUAUAUAGUACGGACACUGUUAGUUAACUAAUUAGUUCUUAAUCACCCUAUGGACACCAUUCGCAGUACCACCACCAUCAGCGUGCAACAAAGAACCCCCACAAAGAAAACCAAGCCCAAGAAAAAGAACACCCCUCACCCAGUGAAGGUAGUGUACAUAUCCAACCCCAUGAAGAUCAAGACCAGCGCAUCCGAGUUUAGGGCUUUGGUGCAAGAGCUCACCGGCCAGGACGCCGAGUCCCCGCCAGAUCCCACCCGCUUCCACGGCCUAAUUCACCCUGAUUCCUCCUCUUCUGUCGAUCACAUCGAAGAGGAAGAGGACAAUGUUCACAGUGUGAAUUGUGUUGUUCCUCCCGCAGUCGCCGACGAGAAUAUGAGCCUCGCCGGCUGCUACGAGGAGGAACAACAACAACAGCCUUCCUCGAUGGAGAGUAUAAAUAAUUUCGAGCCGCUGGACGACGACGACGUUUUCACGCCCCAGAUGAUAGAGAACAUCUCCGCCCUGCUCCCAGCAAGUGUAUUCUAUGAAUCCCCUCAUCUUAAUCACUGGUGAUACCACGGAUGGAUGCAGUGUAAUUAGUUAUUAUAUUAUGUUCCUUCUAUCCUCGGUAAGGUCAAGCUCAAAUUUAAAAAAGCAAGUUAAUUUUGCUCUCCAUCUAUAGAUGGAUAAUAAUUGUUCUUAAUUAUUGUUGAUUUCGGACCAUUAAUUUGUGAAGUAUAUUAUGGCUUGUUUA